AUGCUGAAGUUACUUGUGUUCGUUUCGCUAGUUUAUGUGGCUUAUAGUUGCAAGUGCCAAACACAGACUACCAAAGAGGCCUACUGCCGGGCAGAAUGGGUUUCGCAUCUAAAAGUGAAAGUCCGCGUCUCAAAGCAGCCACUACCAGCCGGAAGUACCCGAAAGGGACUGAAUAAUCUCAAGUAUGGCGUCGAGCAUGUUCACGUUUACAAGAAACCAGCAAACAUGAGCCAGCUUCCCGACGAAAUCUUCACCCCAUCCGAAUCACCCGCUUGCGGACUAAUUAUCGAAGCCGGCACCGAAUAUUUGCUCGCCGGAUCAUUUAACGGCGGUAGUUUAUACACCGUACUCUGUGGACAGGUGCUGCCCGAUAACCGGUCGGAGGACCAGUUUGAGAAUGUGCUCCAGUGGAAGAAGGUGCCCGCCGAUUUUGACAAGACUCUCCAGGCCAUUAAAAUGCGCGAGCAGCACAAAGCACCCACAUUCACGAAAUACUCCCGGAUAUUGCCCGGGGAUGAACAGAUUCAUGAGAAUAUUUUGGUCAAUGCCCCAAUUGCCGGCCCUCCGUGCGCUACCGUAACUACGGUUUGGGAAAAUCUGAAGCGAACGGUUGCCCUGAACCCAGAUGCCGAUUUUCUUGGCGACCAAACUCGCGGGGAAUACGUUUUUAAGACAUAUUCAGAGGUGAUGAAACUGGCUACUGUAUCUGGGGCAGCGACGAAUUAUCUUGGGAUUCAACAUGGAGCGCGCGCAGGUCUUGCUGGAAUCCACACAACAAAUUAUGAGAUUGCGAUGUGGGGCUUGGUCUCGCAGGGAAUUUCCCUGGUCCCACUUUAUCAUAAUUCAAAGGACGAUGUCAUUUGCGAAAUCAUCGGCUCGUGCAACCUGGAGCUGAUAUUCUGCGAUAGCUUGGAGCGAUUAAAGGAUUUUGCCACAAAGAAGGCCGAGGGCAAGAUCGAUUCCGUUAAGACAUUAAUCCUGUUAAACGGCGCUUUAAGUGAGGAGAACAACAACGCUGCUGAGGAACUAAAGAUCCUCGAUUUUGAACAAUUCCUGAAGCUUGGCAGAGAAAAUUACGUAGAGCCAAACCCGCCAAACACCAAUGACGUUUAUAUCAUCUGUCAUACUUCUGGAACCACAGGCCGUCCGAAAGGGGUCCAACUCACGCAUCAGAAUUUGCUUGCAGCAAUGGCGGGGCUUUAUACACAAUGGUGCAUGCCGCCCCAUCAUUUCACGUUCAGUACAAAAGACACCUAUUUCUCGUUCUUAUCCCUGGCCCAUAUUUACGAACAUUUAAUGCAGUCAUUUAUGAUCUACGUUGGUGGGCGUGUCGGGAUAUACCGGGGAGAUGCAAAGCUGCUAAUUUUGGAUAUCCAAAAGUUACGCCCAACUAUGAUCAGCCUGGUUCCCAGGAUCCUCAACAAACUGUACGAUCAGAUUCAUUCCAACAUCGCUAAAGCUCCAUUCCUUGCCAAAAAAGAUUUUCGCUGCCGCGAAAAAGUCACGCCGGCUGUGCACGAUUUUACACGGAUUGCAUUUGGAUGUCCGCUUUUUGAGGGGUAUGGCCAAACGGAAUGUGGUGCCGCUGGUACGCUAAAUAUUCCGGGGGAUCUUACUGGUGGAACCCAUGUCGGAGCACCCGCCCCUUGGGCACAGGUGAAACUAAUUGACGUUCCGGAAAUGGGAUAUAUGGCCAGCGAAGAUCGUGGAGAGGGUUGGCUGCACACUGGGGAUAUCGGUGAAUGGCUCCCUGACGGCCGACUGCGCAUCGUCGAUAGGAAAAACGCCUUGUUCAAGCUGGCCCAAGGAGAUUUUGUGUCCGCUGAAGCUAUCGAAAAUAUUCUCGGCUUGAGCGCGCUGGUCAACCAGGUGUUUGUCACUGGCCUCAGCACAAGAUCGUUCUUGGUCGGAGUAGCUGUCGUCGAUCUUGAAGCAUUAAGGGCUGAGAUUAAGAAGAGCAAUGACAUCGAGGCACAGAAUGCUCUAGAAACCGAAGAUUCUGGUGAAUUUUUGCAAAAAGAACCGGUUCGCAGAUUCGUCACACACCAUCUUGCUCAAUUUGGUAAAUCCAAGGGAUUGCAGACGAUUGAGACAAUCCGGCGGGUCUUCUUAACAACUGAGGAGUUAACGGCCGAAUCUGGACUUCUCACACCAACCCUCAAAAUCCGACGUCAACCCUGCCGAGAAAAAUUUGCGGAACAGAUUCACGACAUGUACGAGGCUGAAAUGGAAUUG